AUGACAUCUUUUGUUUGCGAUCAGCAAAGUAACUGGAGAAAAUCAAACUGCCGACAGUCUCCUGCAUCGGAAGGCAAGCUGUUGGAUCCGGAACGGGCUAUUGGUCAUCUGGCGUCAAAGAAUUGUGCAAGAAUUAUCAGCGCUUUUGACUUUACAAUUGACGGUGCGCCGGCUUCCGUUGAGCCACUGCUGCAAGAACAACGCUUUCAAGGCUUGAAAGUCACGGGAGCAGUCUCGAGCUUACUCGGGCAGGAAGGAAUAUAUGCUCAGGGGCUAUGGUACGACAACAAAGGCCAAUUCGACUGGGUUUGGGCACAUAUUGAUAAUGUGCUCAAAUUGGAAGUACGCCAUGACACAAGGUUCCGAGGCGGAGCUCAAUGCAUCUGGAUGACUACUCACGUGGGGGAGUAUGCAAUGGGGUUUCCUCAUAAGUCCUACGCUGAGUUUUGGAACACCGCCUUGGCAUACUUUGGAGCCCCUUCAAUAGGCCCACUAUUGCAAGAUGACUAUUGCCCCGACUGGUGGCCAGCACAAAGUUUGGGAAUUUGGCCAGGACUACUGCGUCCAGGGGAGGAGCACGUUGAGGCAGGUGCCAAGACAAUCGAUUUGGGCUGCUCCAGCGCUCACGAGAGCUCCGGCCAACUGGGACAGCCAGCGCACAAUCUUUGCCAGCUGCGACCAUGGAACUUGGCCUUUGAUGGGGGACUCAAGGCCAAACGCAAGGAACCAUAUGAUGAAGUCACAACCACUGAUCCAAACACGUCCUCAGGUGGCAAGGGACGUAAACGUAGGCUAACCGGUUGGGCAAAGGCUUGA